GAGCGCAGAGUGCUACUGCUGCCGGGUGGACCACACCAUCCCUGGCACAAGCACGCGCAUCCCUUGUGACCGUCAAAUCAUCGGCAACAAGCUGGAGGAGUGGUUCGGGCCGCAAUCUUCCGGGGUCAUCCGCCAGGGUAUGGCCAAGGA